CUUCGAUUCUCCAUUCUUUCUCAAGAGUCUCGAGGUCUCGAUUGGCGAUGAACAGUUUAAUUAAGUUCCCCAAGCUAGCUAUCUAGCUUUCUUUCACUCUCUCUCCUCCUGUUUCCUUGUCUUUGAGUGGAGACUUCUGUACCUCUCCCAUAGUAUAUAAUAACAUCUCUUGGUUGAGUAAAGAAUCAUUCUUAUGAUCAGAAAAGAAGAGAUUAUAUUGUUCAAUUACUGCUACCGUAGCUUAGCUUAGCUAGGAAAAGGUGUACAUAAGUUGGCCGGAGAAAGAUGUCAUCUACAGCUGGCGAUGAGGUCGUUGUAAUGGCACAAGAACAACCACCACCACCACAAGGAAAGAAUCUCCGGCGACUUGACUCUUUGGCCGCCGAAUCUGGUCACUUUCGUGGCCAUGACGGCCACCGAUCCAAGGCGAUGGAUUGGGGGACGAUAUUGCAACUGGCGUUCCAGAGUAUAGGGAUAGUGUACGGUGACAUCGGAACGUCGCCACUGUAUGUGUACGCGAGCACCUUCACCGAUGGGAUCAAGAACAACGAUGAUAUACUGGGUGUCCUCUCCAUGAUCUUCUACACAAUCACCCUCAUCCCCCUCCUCAAGUAUGUCUUCAUCGUCCUACAAGCCAACGACAACGGUGAUGGGGGAACGUUCGCGCUAUAUUCAUUGAUAUGUAGGUACGCGAAAGUGGGGCUGAUACCAAGUCAACAGGCAGAGGACAAAGACGUUUCAAACUUCCGGCUAGAGCUGCCCAACAGUGGCCGCCACCGCCGAGCAUCAAAGCUCAAGUCCAUACUUGAGAAGAGCAAUUCCACCAAGUACUUCCUACUCUUCGCAACCAUGUUGGGUACUUCCAUGGUCAUCGGUGAUGGCAUCCUCACUCCCUGCAUGUCAGUCUUAUCAGCAGUGGGAGGGAUCAAACAAGCCACGAGUGCAAUGACUGAAGGUGCAAUUGUUUGGAUAUCAGUGGCCAUAUUGAUAGGUUUGUUUGCUGUUCAAAGAUUUGGAACAGACAAAGUUGGAUAUAGCUUUGCUCCAAUUAUUUGUGUUUGGUUCACCUUCAUUGGAGGCAUUGGUAUCUACAACUUCAUCAAGUAUGACCCUGCUGUAGUAAAGGCCAUUAACCCUAAAUACAUUAUAGAUUACUUUAGCAGAAACAAGAAGGAUGCAUGGAUUUCACUCGGCGGUAUCGUUCUAGCAAUAACAGGAACUGAAGCCUUGUUUGCUGAUGUUGGACACUUCACAGUUAGAUCCAUUCAAAUAAGUAUGUGCUCAGUAACAUUCCCUUCUCUUGUCCUGGCAUACACUGGCCAAGCAUCCUACCUUCGUAAACAUAAUGAAGAUGUAUUAGAUACGUUUUAUAAAUCCAUUCCAGAUCCUUUAUAUUGGCCCAUGUUUGUUGUGGCUGUUAUGGCAUCAAUUAUCGCGAGUCAGGCCAUGAUCUCAGGCACCUUCUCCAUCAUCCAACAGUCUCUUUCACUUGGUUGCUUCCCUCGUGUCAAGAUAGUUCAUACAUCAACAAAGUAUGAAGGACAAGUUUAUGUUCCUGAGAUCAAUUACCUGCUAAUGUUGGCUUGUGUUGGAGUCACUGUAGGAUUCAGGACAACUACAAAGAUUGGAAAUGCCUAUGGGAUUGCUGUGGUGUUUGUGAUGACACUCACUUCAUCUUUUCUAGUACUCAUCAUGAUAAUGAUAUGGAAAACCAACAUACUCCUUGUAAUUGCUUAUGUUCUGGUGAUAGGCACAGUUGAGCUCCUAUAUCUAAGUUCAGUGCUCUACAAAUUUGAUCAAGGUGGGUAUCUCCCCUUAGCUUUCGCCGCAUUCCUGAUGGCAAUAAUGUAUGUUUGGAACUAUGUAUACCGCAAGAAAUACUACUAUGAGCUAGACCACAAGAUUUCUCCUGAGAAGCUUAGAGAUAUUGCUGCAAACACCAACUUAUGUCGAAUCCCUGGACUCGCCGUCUUCUACUCUGAAUUAGUCCAUGGCAUUCCACCCAUUUUCGAGCACUACAUAGAAAAUGUACCAGCAAUGCAAUCAGUCCUUGUCUUCGUCGCUUACAAAUCACUUCCAAUAAGCAAGGUUCCGGUGGAGGAACGGUUCUUAUUCAGGCGAGUUGAACCACAUGAACUUAAUGUCUUCCGGUGUAUCGUGAGGUAUGGAUACACCGAUGUUCGCAAUGACAAAGAACCCUUUGAAAGAACAUUGGUGGAAAGAUUAAAGGAGUACAUUAGUGAGGAUUUGUGGCUGUCACCAAAGGUUGAGAAUGUGGAUGAUGAGGAAAGGACUAUUGUUGUUGAAGAGAAGAAAGGUGAAGUGGUGGAGAAAGAGCUAGAGGUGGUGGAUAGAGGUUGGCAAUCUGGGAUUGUCCACUUGGUGGGUGAGAGUGAGGUUGUAGCAGAAAGAGGUUCUAGUUUUGGGAAGAGGGUAUUGAUAAAUUAUGCUUAUAACUUCAUAAGGAGGAAUUUGAGACAGAGUUACAAGGUGUUUGAUAUCCCUUCCAAGCGUCUCCUGAAGGUGGGAAUGACAUAUGAGCUUUAGAGCAAUGAAGAACUAUAAGUAGGGAGGGGAGGGAGUCUACCAAUCUAUUCUCAAUAGAGGAAGCUUAAGGAAAUUUGGAAGAGAGGUGAAGCAUAUGGCUACAGUACUGGACUAAUUUGUACAUGGAAUACAGUGUGUUAUCAAAUAUUAAAUAAAUAAAUAAGUACAACACCUUCUUGUCUCA